GAGUCCUGAAGCUCACCUUGGACGGCAACUGAGUACUUGUCAUAGGUUGAUCGAUAGAUGCAGUGGAGCGUAAACCAUCCUACAUAUAAUCCGCUGUGUGGCUCACAGUGCAUCAGUCGAGUUCUACUCAUAGAAUAGCCAAACGAUCGAAGAGCAAUCCUUGCUCGGAUACAUAUUUUUUUCAACAACACAACAAGAAAAACGCUGAAAGAGAAACACGCCAACAAAAAUGGCCCAACAAUUCCUGACAUCUCUGCUGCCAGAAAAUUUUUUGGUCGUGUACAUUGUUACUUUUGUGACUGCUGUGUGCGUCGGAAUGUUUUUUCUGUCAUCGCCGAGAGGUAACCGAAAAAUUCUUCCUCCAGGACCGUGGAGUCUUCCAGUGGUUGGCAACAUCUUCCUAUUUGGUGCAUCACCCCACAAGAACGUCACCAAUCUUUCCAAGCACUAUGGCAAGGUUUUUUCCAUGAAGCUUGGCAGUCGUGACGUGGUAAUUCUGAACUCUGUAGAUGUUGUGAAAGAGGCUCUUGUUAAGCGUGCGUCCGACUUCUCGGGAAGGCCUCCGCUCCACACUUUCCUCGUCUCCAGCAAUGGAGGCCGAAAUGUGGCGUUUACAGACUUUGGAUCGAAAUACACCAAUAACAGAAGGGCCAUGGACCAAGCCUUGCAAGCGCUGACGAGUGACAGCGAAGCAUUUUCAGAAAUAGCCCAGCUCGAAGGAGAAUCACUCGUGCAGAGCCUGCUCAGCUCCCAAAAAGAAAAGUUCAAUCCAGCAAGACAUCUUCUUUCGGUUUCUGCAAGUAUAAUGCUAAGGAUGUUUUUUGGAGCGCAACUUCGCAAGAAGCAUCUCAGAGAAGCCUGUGAACUGAUGUCCCGAUCAACUGAUUUCAUUGAAGGCAGUGCUGUCGGAAAUACAGUUGAUUUUAUGCCGUGGGUCAAAACAGUUUUUCACAAGCAAGUGCUAAAAGUGGAUGAGACCGUGAGAAGUCUUGUCAAGUUUGUCAAGACGAUGUACACCGCGCGCCUCCAAGAAGAAAUGACCAAUAUGGGCGAAAAAAGCGACAACGACACAAUUGUGUCUGAUUAUCUAACCAAAUUGGUUCAUGACAGGAAAAACAAGUUAGAUGAACUUCCUGAGCACGACAUGGAACAAGCGCUCAUUGGAGAAUUUGACGAUGACAAUAUUGUGCACCUGAUGGCUGAUUCAUUCGGAGGGGGCUAUGAGAAGCUGAGUACCGCCCUGAGAUGGUGCAUUGCCUACCUCGUGGCCUACCCCGAUGCUCAGGAACAGUUAUGCAGAGAGAUCAAGCACGUGAAAGGAUCAGAAAGAAUUUCCCUCAACGACAAGAAACGAUUGCCACUUCUUGAGGCUACCGUGAUGGAGGUCCUUCGUCGAAGCUGCUUUUUGCCAUUUGCCUUGCCCCAUUGUACCAUCCGAGACACGCGCGUGGGCGGAUACAAGAUCCCUAAAGAUACAGUAGUUUUUGUAAACCUCUGGGCGUGCUGCCACGAUCCCGAAUACUUUGAGGAGCCUUUCAAGUUUAAUCCCAUUCGCUUCAUGGACAAGAAACAGCAAAAAAUCAAGCCACAUUCGUGUAUGGUUGCAUUCUCUGAAGGAGAUAGGAAAUGUCCGGGAGAAGGUUUUGCCAAGUCAGCACUGUUUAUUCUGAUCGGUACUCUUGUUCAAAAGCUCAAGUUGCGCAAUGGCACUGAAGAACCCAUGGAAGAAAAAUUUGGCUUGACAUUGCGCCCAAAGAACAAUACAAUUUACGUCGAAACCAGGUCGUAGACAAUGAGGACAUUGCAAAUGAAUUCCACAAUAGACAUUGUCUUGAAUGCAAGAAAAUAAUUUGGUCCUAUGUAACGGGCCUCAAAAGUGCAGAAACACAGCUUUUAAGAAGGCUUAUAAGAGAAUUUCAAGAAUCUAAUGCAAGAACUAAUGUUCUGAAGUUUGAGAAAUACGGCUUUGACUUUAAUUGGCGAUCCAUAAAGCCUAAAAGUCUUCCAUUAUCAAUGAACAUUGCUCUAACAACAAGGAGAACACUGAACGAUCAAAAGACAAACGAAACACUACCAACAUUGAUGAACGUCUAUCAGCAAGAGUUUUUUACUGAUUUUGAACCCAAAUAUUUUAUGGAAAUUUUAUCUGAACUGAACAAAACUAACUUGGACUUAAUUCUAUUCUAUCUAACUUAACAAAGUAAACAACGAAAACCAAAUUUAUGAUUUGAAAACUGAAUGAAAAAUCGUAUCCAACUUUAAAAAACAUUCUAUACCGUUUGAUUUUGUAACCGAAAACGUGGAGAUUUUAUAUUUUAUUUAUAGCAAUCUUCGUUAAAUGUAAGUUGACGUAAUUUCUAAGGAUGUUUUUAGACGGGCCUGUGUGGAUCGCGUGCGCUAAUUAUGAAUAUAUGAUUGGAUAGAAAACGUCAAGUCAAGUAUUGCUAUCCAAUAUAGAAGACGAAUAUAAGUUKUUUACCGAGGUAUAUUUGAUUAAGCGACGAACCGUACCUCCCAUGAAAGUGARCCAAUGCCUUAUAAAGUUUGAUAAUUGAUAACUUUAAACAUUAGUAAGCAAAUGGGUGUGGACGGAGAUAAAUGGAAAUUGCUGGCAUGAUCCGUUACAGUAUUGUGACUAAAUUCAGUUGGCGAAAAAAAUAAAGAAAUUGAAACCUA